GUCGUGGGCGUGGCUUUGCUGCUGAUGAAGAAAGCUAACCGCUAGCCUCCCGGUGCUACAGACUCGCUUUUUAGCCGAACAUCAUGGUCCAACUGGUCGGUUCCCUUCGAAAAGAGCUGGCGGACUCCCUCUACACCUGCAAGGUCCUGGUGGUGGGAGCUGGGGGGAUUGGCUGUGAACUGCUGAAGAACCUGGUCCUCACGGGCUUCAAGAACAUCGAAGUGAUCGAUUUGGACACGAUUGAUGUAAGCAAUCUGAACCGACAGUUCCUCUUCCAAAAGAAACAUGUUGGCAAGUCCAAAGCGCAGGUGGCGAAGGAGAGCGUCUUGCAGUUUUGCCCGAGCGCGAAUAUCACAGCCUAUCACGACAGCAUCAUGAACCCCGAUUACAACGUGGAGUUCUUCAGGAAGUUUAUGCUGGUGAUGAACGCUCUGGAUAACCGAGCGGCGCGGAACCAUGUGAACCGAAUGUGUUUGGCGGCCGAUGUUCCGCUGAUCGAGAGCGGCACAGCGGGUUAUCUGGGACAAGUCACCGUCAUCAAGAAGGGACUGACAGAAUGUUACGAGUGUCAGCCAAAGCCGGCCCAGAAGACUUUCCCAGGAUGCACAAUAAGAAACACGCCGUCUGAACCCAUCCACUGCAUUGUCUGGGCAAAGUACCUUUUCAAUCAGCUUUUUGGUGAAGAAGACGCCGAUCAAGAGGUUUCGCCGGACACAGCAGACCCGGAAGCUGCAUGGAAUCCAGAGGAGGCUGCAGCUCGCGCUUCCGCCUCUGAAAAGGACGGAGACGUAAAGAGAGUAUCCACCAAAGAAUGGGCUCGCUCCACCGGAUAUGACCCCAUUAAACUCUUCAACAAGCUUUUCAAAGAUGACAUCAUGUACCUGCUGACCAUGGACAAGCUGUGGAAGAAGAGGAAAGCCCCCACACCUCUGGACUGGACCCAGCUAGAAAACAAAGCUUCUCCGGAGGAGGAGAGUCCCGCCUCAGGUCUAAAGGAUCAGCAGGUUCUGGGGGUUUGGGGCUGCUGCCAGCUCUUCAAGCACAGCGUGGAGACUCUGCGCUCAGAGCUGCGAGAGAAAGGAGACAACGCAGAGUUGGUUUGGGACAAGGACGAUCCCGCAGCCAUGGACUUCGUCACUUCAGCUGCAAACCUGCGUAUGCACAUCUUCAGCAUGAACAUGAAGAGCCGCUUUGAUGUCAAGUCGAUGGCAGGAAACAUCAUCCCGGCCAUCGCCACGACCAACGCCGUCAUCGCAGGCCUCAUCGUGCUGGAGGGACUGAAGAUCCUCUCAGGAGAGCUGGAAUCCUGUCGCACAAUCUUCUUGAACAAGUGCCCCAAUGUCAGGAAGAAACUUCUUGUCCCGUGCGUUCUGGAUCCGCCCAGUAAAAACUGCUACGUGUGUGCGAGCAAACCCGAAGUCACCGUCAAACUCAACGUGCAGAAAACAACGGUUCUAUCCCUGCAGGAUAGGAUCCUGAAGGAGAGGUUUGGCAUGGUGGCUCCAGAUGUGCAGAUAGAAGAUGGAAAAGGAACCAUCCUCAUCUCCUCAGAGGAGGGAGAGACCGAGGCCAACAACAGCAAAUAUCUCUCUGACUUUGGGAUCCGGAACGGCAGUCGCCUCCAGUCUGACGACUUCCUGCAGGACUACACUCUCCUCAUCAACGUCCUGCACACGGAGGAGCUGGAGCGAGACGUGGAGUUUGAGGUGGUCGGAGAAGCCCCGGACAAAGCCCCGCCCCCUCAGAGCAACCCGGAGGAAGUGAACAGCAUUACCAACGGCAACAAAGACUCCGCCCAGCCGUCCACAUCCUCCAAAGCGCCAGCAGACGAGGAUGACCUGAUGAUUGUGGACUCUGACGAAGAGGAAGGGGCACCCUCCAGCUCCGCCACAGUCACCAGCGGCACCAAGAGAAAGCACUCGGACCUGGACAGCGACAAGAGCUCCACCAAGCGUCCACGAACGGACCCGUCUGCAGCCGCGGGCGAUGAAGACGACGACAUCAUCGCUCUGGACUAACGUCUCUCCUGCUCUGCCUUGAAGAACUUUAUUUUUGUUUUUGGGAUUUAUGGCAGGUUGAUUCUGGACAGACAGUAGGCCUCUUUAAUGAAGAACAGUUCAUGUCCCCUGUUUGUACUCUCGUCCACUCCCCUCCCUCCCCCCUCGAACGUGUUUGUGUUUUCAUACUCUCUGACAUGGCGUUGUAAAUAGGUUUUACAUUUUAAAAGUUUUGAAAAAUGCAUUAAACUUCUUGUUAUUGUUAUUGAGAUGCGAUUUUUGGUCUUGAAAAGCUUUUUUCUUGACGCCUUCAAGUGCUUUUUAUGUAUUUUUUUAUAAAUGUACUGUAUUUCUCAUGCUACACGAGUCAGGGUGUCUGUGCUUUUUUUGGGGGGGGGGGAAUUGCAGGAGAACCAGAUGAGAAAACCAAAAUAUUUUUCUUAUGUUGGAUUCUGGAUGUUGAUCAGGACAGGGAACUCUGUGUCCUUCAGCCCGGUACUGUACCCGAGGCGGGGUUGAGGGUUCAGAAGCUGAUAGUUUGUGGCCAUUUGUUGCCAAAAGAGUGUUUUGUUUGCUACCUCUUUUCCAGAACUUUAUUAAGCCUGCAACGCCACCCUUUCCUAAGGAACCCCAAAAAGGGUGUUGUGGUUUUUCUUUUACCUGCAGUUUGUUUUUUAAUGCUCAGACUGAGACGUUGAAAGAACGUCCUCCUGUCUCUUCUAAAGGGCAGUUUUGUUUGUAGAUGGAGGCAGACUUGUAACUCCCCUCCCUGCAGAGCUGCAGAUCAGUUUCACGUCGGGGAACGAGGAUCGAAUGGCUUUUAAGCUCCUGCCGGCUUCUCGUGACUUCCCACGUGUCCGUGUCCACUGUGCUGACUUGAGGAGCAGCGAGGAGAGCCUUGUGGACCAAUCAAGACCACAAAUGCAAACAGAGGAGGGUUCCUGUUUUGACAGAUUUCUUGUGUACAAUUCUGGUGUCUUGUUUUGCACAGUUGUAGUUACUUCUAAAAGUCUGAAAUAAAUGGUUCUUCAGUGA